AUGAAUGAGUUGGCAAAUAUAAUAGAUGGAAACAUCUUUGACAACUUAGAAGUAGCAACAGAUUCUGAUACUGCAAAUCUUGAGAGACCGCACCCUUCCCCUUCUUGUAGUAUCAAUCACUUGGACUACGACUGUGAUAAUGAUUUCUGCCCAUAUUAUAUACAAAAAGAAAAUUUAUCAGCGUUCGAUAUUAUACCACAACCCUCACCAGCAUGGAUUUCUAGCUGCUCGACGUAUACAACCACGAACAAUAGUCCGCUGUCGGAUAUUUCGAAUAAUAGUCCCACCACAAGUGACCGCCGCCGUCGUCCAUCAAGGAAAGAUAAAGGUAAUGUAAGAAAAAGACAUCAACAAUGGAUAGAUAAUAAAAGAAAGUAUUUACGUAAUUUGGGAAAAGAAUAUAUUUCGAGAAAAGGUAAAAUACAAGCAAGCAGAAAGAUGGGCCCACCAUGUCGCUGCCGCAAGAAGUGCUUUGACAAAUUAAGCGAAGAACAAAGAAAGAAGAUUUUUGAGAGUUUUAUGGAGCUUAGGCGAUCGAGAAAAGCAAUGGAUGUAUGA